GACGUCAUGCAGGGUUUUUUAACGCUUAGUUUUUCCUUUGGGCUCAGCAAGCCAUGGGCAGUUCAGGAUUAUUGCGGGUCCAGUUCCCUAUAACAGUAUUAUUGUCAUGUAUGUUUACAUUGUCCUCCGGCAGUGAAAUGAGUUUUGUAACGUGCGGGUCGGUGGUGAAGCUGCUCAAUGUGAAACACAACGUCAGGUUACACUCUCACGAUGUGCGCUAUGGUUCUGGUAGUGGUCAGCAGUCGGUGACUGGUGUGACCACAGCGGAGGACAGUAACAGUUACUGGAGUGUGCGGGGCACAAGUGAUGCCGCAUGUCAUCGAGGGACUCCCGUGCAGUGUGGACAGAACAUCCGAUUGACCCAUGUGAACACGGGCCGCAAUCUACACAGCCACUACUUUACUUCACCUCUUUCUUCAAAUCAGGAGGUCAGUGCCUUUGGUGAGAACGGCGAGGGUGACUAUCUGGACGAGUGGACGGUUCUGUGUGCAGGCUCUGUGUGGCAGCGGGAGGAGUCCGUUCGGUUCCGCCACACGUCCACUGAGGCUCUGCUGUCUGUGACGGGGGAACAGUACGGCAGACCCAUCCACGGCCAGAGAGAAGUGCACGGCAUGAUGGUCAGCAGCUCACACAGCUACUGGAAAACAAUGGAGGGCGUCUUCAUGAAACCCAGUCAGACUGGAUCCAGGGAUUUCAGCAUACAUACUGAGUUUUAGAGAAACGCUUCAUACAAGCUGAAUCUGCUGGACUCUUCAUUUUAUAGGGUCCUGUUGUUUGUUUUUCUUUAUUGCUGGUCCAGAAGAAGAGCCUUGAGCUGUUAUGAAAAACAGUUUCAUAAUCAAACUGUGCCUCAUGGUCAUUUUUGAAAGCUUUAAGCAUAUCGUUUUAUUUUGCACAGCAUACACUACUGUUCAGAAGUUUGGGGUCAAUAAGGAUUAUUAAGGUUUUGUCAAAAAUAUUAAGCAUUACAACUGUUUUCAACAUUGAUCAUAAUUAAGAAAUGUAUUUUGAGCACCAGAUCAGCACAUUGGAAUGAUUUCUGAAAGAUCAUGUGACACUGAAGACUUGAGGAAUGUUUGCUCAUAAGAUUAAAAAUAUAAGAUAAAAUGCAGCCUUGGUGAGCAUGAGAUAAUUCUUUCAAUAACUUUUUUUUUUUCUACUGACCCCAAACUUUAAAAGGUAGUGUAUAAUAAGACAAUUUUUUGAUUUUUUGAUUUUUGAAAUUCAGAAAAAAAGACACUUAGCAUUUAAAGCAAUUUUUUAAAGUUGAUUCCACAAUCUUACAGAUUUCAUAAUUAUAACGCAAAGUUCAGUGUUUAAGCUUGCAGCAUGGACAUUUUGUGCUCACCUUUGAGAAUAUCUAAUGGCCAUUAAUACAGAAAUAUCAUUACCAUCUAUUUGCAUCUAGCUCAAGUGAUAUUUAAUUAAAAAAGAACAUCAAAUCUUUAAGUCAUAAAAUUGGGCCACAGCUGUUCUAGAAAA